GCCGCCGGAUUUGCCAGAUGAGUGUGUAACCCUCAGGUGGAGCACAGGCAGUGAUCAUCAUUCCACUAAGAGAAACCAGCUUGCAAAGAGGAGUGGAGUCCAAACAGGGAGGAAAAGGAAAGGAAUUCCAUACUCACCAUCUCUUCAAAGAGUGCUUUUAGAAGUGGAAAUGGCAGCAAGGCUUUUGAAGACAUCAUCUAUGUCUAGAAGGACAAAAUUGCUACAUCAAACAGGAUUGUCACUUUAUAAUACAUCUCAUGGCUUCCAUGAGGAAGAAGUAAAAAAAAAACUUCAGCAGUUUCCUGGUGGAUCCGUUGACCUUCAGAAGGAAGACAGUGGCAUUGGCAUUCUUACUCUGAACAAUCCAAGUAAAAGGAAUGCCUUCUCAGGUGUUAUGAUGCUACAACUUUUGGAAAAAGUGAUUGAAUUGGAAAAUUGGACAGAGGGGAGAGGUCUCAUUGUUCGUGGGGCAAACAAUACAUUCUCCUCAGGAUCUGAUCUGAAUGUUGUGAAAGCAGUAGGAACUCCAGAGGAUGGAGUGGCCUUAUGUAUGUUCAUGCAAAACACCUUAACCAGAUUGAUGAGACUUCCUUUAAUAAGUGUUGCUCUGGUUCAAGGCUGGGCAUUGGGUGGAGGAGCAGAAUUUAUUACGGCCUGUGAUUUCAGAUUAAUGACUCGAGAAAGUGAGAUCAGAUUUGUUCACAAGAAGAUGGGUUUAGUACCAAGCUGGGGCGGUGCUACCCGGCUGGCUGGAAUUAUUGGCAGUAGACAAGCUCUCAAAGUGUUAAGUGGGGCCCUCAAACUGGAUUCAGAACUAGCUUUAAACCUAGGAAUGGUCGAUGAGGUCUUGAAGUCUUCAGAUGAAACUGAAUGUCUCAAAGAGGCACAAGAGUGGCUAAAACAGUUUACUGAAGGGCCACUGGAAGUAAUUAGAGCUUUGAAAAAAUCAGUUUCUUCAGGCAAAGAGCUUUGUUUCCAGGAGGCACUACAGACGGAAAGAGAUCUUGUAGGAACACUUUGGGGUGGACCUGCAAAUUUGGAGGCUAUUGCUAGCAAAGAUAAGGCAACUGAGACACAGAAAGCUCAGGUGAUAGCUCAAAGCCACAGACUCAGUUCCUAAAUGAUCGAUCAAGCCAGUUUCAAAUCCAGGUGGUCUGACUUCACAGUCUGCACUCUUAACUGCUACGGAGAUGGCCUCCAAAAUAAUUAUGACUACCCAAACAGAAGAACCACCAUCGAUAAUUUUAGGAAAGGUAAAGCUUCAAAAAGUUACUAAGAAAUUUCACAGACUGAUAAAAGAGUGAAAUUUAUAUUACCUGCUUCAAGAGCUCUUCUGUCACUAUCUCACAGAUGCUUGCCACAAAAAUGAAACAUCAUCUUCACUACUGGUCAGCCAGUUUGUAGUAUUUUCUCUUUAAG